AAAAAUGGAACUUGACCUAGACCAAAGUAUGGAUAAGUACUCAGUGGAAGAAAUAGUACAAAAAAUAGGAAAUAUGGUGAAGGGAAGGAAGGAAUAUGAGGGGUUAUAAGCAAGAAAGUGGCUGGGAAGGAGGAAGGGGGUAGAGGGGUGAUUAAGGAGAUUAUGGAGGAUGAGAAGUUUAGAGAGUUUUGUGUGAGGUUUACGUUGGAUGCGAUUGGGAAAGGAGCGAUUACUACGUUGGAUCAAGCUGAUUUUCCAGAUUUUUCAAGCUUAGGAUACCUUCGAGCAAGUAUUAAGUCGCAGAGAGAGUGUAUACGAAAUAUAAAAAGACAGUUUUCAAAGAUUUAUGAGAGGAACUUAAAAACAGAGUCUCUUUCAACCACGAAUUUAAACACCCGCUUUCAUAGUCUAAGCGGGUAUCUGAGCUAUUUAAACUCAAAUUCAGCAAUGAGCUUACAAAUGGAUAAAGAAUAUUCAAUAAAAUUCGCGAAAUCUUUAAUGAACUAUCGGCUCCCAAAAUGCUCAGAGAUUUACCUUUAUUCAGUCCAUAAGAGACCUGAGUUAACCAAGAAUAUCCUCAAAAGAUCCUUCCCUGAACAAAUAGAAGGUUUUUCAUUCGAUAACAGAGGAGUAGAUUUUGCAAAGACUAAAAAGAUCAACAUUGGCAGAUAUCUCAAAGAAUUAUCUCAGGUUAUCCCAAAUGUGACCCACAGAGUUACUUUCAAACAUUUCGAAAUUAAUCAGUAUCAACUUUCUAAGUUGUUCUAUCUAUCAAGAGAAAAGAAGCAAGUGGGGUUUAGAAACUGUAGGAUACAUCUUAAGACACCUCCUGAUUUAUCCAAAUCCCUUAAAGGAUGUAAAAUCGAGACACUAAACUUUGAUUCUUGAGGUGAGAGUCAAUACAGCGACUGGGAAACCCACCCAGAAUACCUCUGCAACCUAAUAGAAAGCCUGUCCCAAUGUCCAGACCUCCAAGACAGCUUAACCCAAAUCUCUCUAUGCUGGAUAAAAGUGCCCAAAGAAAUCCAAAUAAAAAUCUUCGAGCAGCACCCAUUCAAAAAGGCCACUGUGUACCCCUACUUGACCUUUUCACCGAACUAA